AUGAGAAAUCACAAGCUGGAGUGGCCCUGGGAGAUGCGCUGUAGGUGUUUGGAUGACACCGGCUCCCCCGAGCCCUGCAGCGACCCCCUGGAGUUUGAAGAGCUCUGCGGGACCCUGACUAGCCAAUCGGGACCGUUUGCCGAGUGCCACUGGCAUGUGGACCCUGCCCCAUUUUACUCCUCCUGCCUGUACGACAUAUGCCACUACGGGACGGCCAAUGGGAUGCUGUGCAUGGCCAUCGCCUCCUACGAAGAGCUGUGCAGCCUUCAGGGGAUACGUGUUGGCGCGUGGAGAUCAUCUGCGCAGUGCCCUGCGAGUGACCCGUGCCUUGCUCUGGCCUGCGGAGAGAACGAGUGGUGUGGAGAGCAGGCAGGGAGAUGGGGCUGUUACUGCUACAGAGCUUCUGAGCCCAUCCAAGUGGCUGACUAUGACUACCAGCUGGCCUGCAGUGGCGGUAACAGCUCAGUGUCCCUGUCCCGCUGCCUGCUCUUCUCCGACGGCUUCCCCUCGGAGGCCUUGCACCUGGCCGACCCCAGCUGCACCGGCACCCUCGUCAGGGAGAGACUUGUCUUCUACUUCGACAGCACACAACAGAGCUGCGGGACCACGGUGACGGUCAACGCCACCCACGCCACUUACUCCAACGAGGUGCAGGGCCGGGUGGGCAACGCCUAUGGAGGGGUGAUCAGCCGGGACAGGCUCCUCUUCUUGCACUUCUCCUGUGCCCAGCCACUGAGCUUCAACCUGUCCGUCCCAAUGGCCAUCCAGCCCAUACAGGAUGUCGUUAACACAACCCUCCCCUCCGGCCAAGGGAGCUACCUGACCACCAUGGUCCUGUACCAAGACCCUCGAUACAGCAAACCCUUCACCCAGAGCCCCAUCCCACUCACUGUCAACCACAGGGUCUACGUGGAUAUCAGGGUUUCGGGGUUGGACCCCAGCCACUUUGUGCUGACCUUGUCAUCGUGCUGGGCCACUCCGGACCGAGACCCCUCCUCCAGCAUCCGAUGGGAUCUCAUCACCAACCAGUGCCCCAGCCUGCGAGAUGGCACAGUGACAAUCGAGGAGGACGGCGUCUCCACCAUCAGCCGCUUCUCCUUCAAUGUCUUCGAGUUCAUCCCAGACUUAGAGCUGGUGUAUCUGCACUGCCGGGUCCGGCUCUGCAGCCCCCAGGCAGCCACAUGCACCAUGCACUGCGCCAGGCCGGGCUCUGCUGUGCAGGGCAGGAAGCCUCCAUCGGGGGUCGUGUCCGCUGGCCCUUUCCUGAAGUACGACGAAGCUGCCGACCAAGGUCUGCAGCUGGCCAGCGGGAGCCCUGACUCACCCACCUGCUCCCCACUCCUGCAGCUGCUGCUCAGCACCUCCUGCCUGCUCCUUGCUGGAGCCCCCUGAGCCGGGGCCCAGGGCCAGGCCUGGGCAGAGGGUUCGAGGUGCAAGGCCUCAGGGAGCCCUGGGAGGGCAGGCAGGGGGUGGCCAGGCAGGCAGGCGGCCAGUCAGUGCUCUGGGAAGAGGGGCUGAGCUGGUCCCCUGCCCCCCAGCACCCUCACGGGGACCCAGUGAGGCCACAGCCCUAGCAGGUGAAGGAGGAGCCUGGGAGAACCAAGGGAAUCCCAGUGCCCCCAGCCUGCCUGCCCCCGCUACCGUACGGGGUGAAUAAAGUGAGUGCGAGACUCUCUGGGCUGUGACUAGUAGCCUGGCUUCACCACAACAGGGGAGGGGGCUGGGAGCCAGGACUCCUGGGUUCGAUCUCCAGCUCUGGGAGGGGAGGGGGUCUGAUGGUCAGAGUGGGGGGUGGGGCUAGGACCCAGGAUUCCUGGGUUCUGAUCCAGCUCUGGCUGUGACCUUGGUCAGGUCCUUUCCCCUGGGUGCCUCUCUGCUCCGCUGUGAAAUGAGGAUGAUGAACGGACCCGUCUUUGGUGGGGGAGGCUCCGCGGCUGCCUGUGACUGGCCGUGGGCCCCUCGCCCGCCCUGGGAGCGGGGCUCGGGCUGCCAGUCCCCUUGUGGCAGGGGUGGCCGGGGGCUCCACGACUGGACGUCCCUGCACUGUGUGCCCCAGUGCCCGUAAUUAGCUGCCAGGCGCUCCCCAACAAACCCACCUGCCAGCAG